UCCCAUCUUUUCGGCUCUCGGCAUUUCUGUUCUCUCGGCGCCUUUCGUCGAGAUUCUAAAUUUUUAACCCUAUUCUCUAUUGAAUAUCGUGUUUUAAGAGGGGAAACAAUCUUCAUUAUGGAUCGAACCGUGUUUAACUCAGUUCUCCUGAGCAUCAACGGUCUCGGUGUUGCGUUGAAUGCUGUCACAGUGAUCGCAAUCUUAGCUGUUAAAAAGUUGAGAACUACACAGAACAUCUUUACCCUUAACAUCGCGUUGUCUGACAUGGCAGCCGCUCUCAUGAGCUUGAUCAUAACAUUCCUCAAUAUGUCCUUUAUUGCACAGCCUGUAGUGGUAUCAGCUCUCCUUAGUGUGGCAUAUACAACAGGUAUCCUCAGCACUCUUGCGGUGGCUUUCCAUCGUUUCAUCGUCAUCAAACUUGAUCCUUUCAACAAUCGACGCCUCGUGACAAGAGCCCGUUGUAUCAUCACAUCUAUCGUGUUCUGGUUGAUGAACUCGGCCAUCUUUGUUACCAUCCACUACAACGUACUGGAGAAUAGUCUGCUGGGUUUUAUCACCCCUAUCGUAAUACUAGGUUCUCACAUAGCAUCGGCUCUUUGUUACAUUAUCAUUUAUUUUGCCGUUGCGGCUAGUGCGCGUAGAGCUGGUAUUUCGGCCCAACGUGCUAAACAGAAUGCGCGCAUUCUCAUCACAUUUGCACUGGUGGUAGGUACGAAUAUCCUUUGCUGGGCUCCUGGGUGUAUCUAUAUUAUCAUAUUGUAUACACAGCCGAGGUCAUCUUGGGGGAAGUUGGGUGCUAUUCUCAUCCAAGUGUUACGCUGGUGGCUCAUCAGUGCGAAUUCGGUGUUAAAUCCCAUCAUAUACUGGUCCCGUUUAUCGGAUUUUCGUAAAUUUCUGAACAAAAUAUGCUGCUCUAAGCCACUAAGUGGCGAGGGGCAAAAUCCAAGUUCCAAUUGGGAGGGCAAUGAAACUAAGAACACAGUGGCUAGCGUUUCAAACACCAAAAUGUAGACUAGCACGUAAUAAUAUCAUCUUGUGUAUAU